AUUUCUCAGCAGAAUAUAGUAUAAGUAUACAAGAUUGGACUACACUCUUUAUUUGUCUUGCCACACGUCCAUGUAUUUCAAGUACUUUUGCAGUGUUUCGUCACUUUUUUUUGCGCCUCCAUCACAAUGAACGUAGUAGCAGCAAAUCUCAAUUACAAGGCAGUUCGCGUUUGCGUGACAACGUGGCGGUUAACAGCCAAUACGAAUGAGUGGAACGAGUGUGGUUUGUGUGAUUGGUUAAGAUCUUAUUUAGGGCUGUAUUGAUUGGUUACUUGUAAGGCAAACCCCGCCUCCUCGUCAGCGAUAUUUAAAGGUACAGAGUGCCAACGCGGACAGAGUUUUCUCUUUAGGGCCAAAGUUUGAGUGAAGGUGUCGCCUAGGAAUUUUCAAGAAAGUGUUGCUGACAGGUUAUCACAAUGCUGCUGCAGUCGCUAGCGUCCUUCUACCUCCUGGCCGCCGCCGCCUUCGCCGUCCCCGCCCAAGAGAAACGCGUCCAUCACCACGCCGACCUGAGCGACCGUGUCCACAACGACGCUCAUGACUUUCAGUAUGACCACGAAGCCUUCCUGGGCAAAGAGGAGGCAAAGACCUUUGACCAGUUGACCCCUGAGGAGAGUAAAGACAGACUGGCCAAGAUUGUAGACCGCAUUGACACAGACAAGGAUGGCUUCAUCAACCAUGCAGAGCUGCAUUAUUGGAUCAAACACAGACAGAGGAGGUACAUCGAGGAGAAUGUGAACAAACACUGGAGGGAUUAUGACAAGAACCAAGAUGACAAAAUAGCAUGGGGGGAGUACAAAAACACCACCUAUGGAUACUAUCUUGAUGAGGAGUUUGACGACAUCGAGGACAAGGCCACCUAUAAGUCCAUGCUCACCAGAGACGAACGACGAUUUAAGACCGCCGAUCGUGACGGCGACGGGAUUGCCACGCGCGAGGAAUUCACUGCCUUCCUCCACCCAGAGGAGUUUGAUUACAUGAGAGACUUAGUUGUACAGGAAACAAUUGAGGACAUUGAUAAGAAUGGCGACGGCAAAAUUAGUUUAUCAGAAUACAUCGGUGACAUGUACACACUAGAAGAGGGAGAGAGUGAGCCUGAAUGGUUCCAGACUGAGAAGAAACAUUUCACCGAUUUCAGGGAUGCCAAUCAGGAUGGUCACAUGGAUUUUAGUGAGGUGGCCCACUGGAUUUUGCCCGGUGAAGUCGACCACGCUGACAAUGAAGCCAAACACUUGAUCCACGAGACAGACACCAACAAGGACGAGAAAAUAACCAAGAGGGAAAUCUUGGCCAACUGGAACAUGUUUGUGGGCAGCCAGGCCACCAAUUACGGAGAAGAUUUGACAAAGAGUCACGACGAACUUUGAUGAGCUGUCACAUUCACUAGCUCACAAGGGGGUCUACGUGUGAUUGGGUGGGAUUACACGACAAGUAUCACGCUUGCAGAAACUAUUCCACAUGCAGUCACAUACUGUGUAUGUCGUUACAGGUGAUUCGUUACUCCCACAUAGCAUUACUGUAGUCAGGUGAACAGUCCAUAAAUAUUUCAAUUAAGGAGGUGUUACAUAAUGUGAAUAUCAUCCGACGUGCACUGCUGACAAAGUGAAACGGUGUGUUUUAAGUUUGAGCUUAGAACGUGCGUUCAACAUUUCUAAAUAACAUCAGACCGUCAUGGUGACAUACACUCCACUGACCAUUGUUUAUGAGGUUGUUUUUUGUACUUAAACCCUAUUGUACUUAAACCCUCUCAUGUACAACCCCAAUUCCAAUGAAGUUGGGACGUUGUGUUAAACAUAAAUAAAAACAGAAUACAAUGAUUUGCAACAACCUAUAUUUAAUUGAAUACACUACAAAGACAAGAUAUUUAAUGUUCAAACUGAUAAACUUUAUUGUUUUUAGCAAAUAAUCAUUAACUUGGAAUUUUAUGGCUGCAACGCGUUCCAAAAAAGCUGGGACAGGGUCAUGUUUACCACUGUGUUACAUCACCUUUUUUUAUUUUACACAACAUUCAAUAAACGUUUGGGAACUGAGGACACUAAUUGUUGAAGCUUUGUAGGUGGAACUCUUUCCCAUUCUUGCUGCCCUUCAGCUGUUCAACAGUCCUGGGUCGUAUUUUAGGCUUCAUACUGCGCCACACAUUUUCAAUGGGAGACAGGUCUGGACUGCAGGCGGGCCAGUCUAGUACCUGCACUCUUUUACUACGAAUCCACACUGUUGUAUCACGUACAGAAUGUGGUUUGGCAUUGUCUUGCUGAAAUAAACAGGGGCAUCCAUGGAAAAAUACGUUGCUUGGAUGGCAGCAUAUGUUUCCCCAAAACCUGUAUGUAUCUCUCAGCAUUAAUGGUGCCUUCACAGAUGUGUAAGUUACCCAUGCCAUUGGCACUAACACAGCCCCAUACCAUCACAGAUGCUGGCUUUUGAACUUUACGUCCAUAACAGUCCGGAUGGUUCUUUUCCUCUUUGGCCCGGAGGACACGAUGUCCACAAUUUCCAAAAAACAAUUUGAAAUGUGGACUGGUCGGACCACAGAACACUUUUCCAUUUUGCAUCAGUCCAUCCUAAAUGAGCUCGGGCCAAGAGAAACCGGCGGCGUUUCUGGGUGUUGUUGAUAAAUGGCUUUUGGUUUGCAUAGUAGAGUUUCAAGUUGCACUUACGGAUGUAGCGCCGAACUGUAUUUACUGACAUUGGUUUUCUAAAGUGUUCCUGAGCCCAUGUGGUGAUAUCCUUUACCCAUUGAUGUCGGUUUGUGAUGCAGUGCCGCCUGAGGGAUCGAAGGUCACGGGCAUUCAAUGUUGGUUUUCGGCCUUGCCGCUUACAUGCAGUGAUUUCUCCAGAUUCUCUGAACCUUUUGAUGAUAUUAUGGAGCGUAGAUCAUGAAAUCCCUAAAUUCCUUGCAAUUGUACAUUGUCCUUAAACUGUUUGACUAUUUUCUCACGCACCUGUUCACAAAGAGGUGAACCUCGCCCCAUCGUUGCUUGUGAAUGACUGAGCAAUUCAGGGAAGCUCCUUUUAUCAUGGCACCCACCUGUUCCCAAUUAGCCUGUUCAGCUGUGGGAUGUUCCAAACAGGUGUUUGAUGAGCAUCCAUCCAUCCAUUUUCUGAGCCGCUUCUCCUCACUAGGGUCGCGGGCGUGCUGGAGCCUAUCCCAGCUGUCCUGUCAUCGGGCAGGAGGCAGGAGGCAGGGUACACCCUGAAUUUGGUUGCCAGCCAAUCGCAGAGCACAUACAAAUAAACAAACAACCAUUCGCACUCAGACCUACGGGUUAGAGUCUCCAAUUAAUGCAUGUUUUGGGGAUGUGGGAGGAAACCGGAGAAAACCCACACAGGCACGGGGAGAACAUGCAAACUCCACACAGGCGGGCCGGGGAUCCUCAGAACUGUGAGGCUGACGCUCUAACCAGUCGGCCACCGUGGCGCCUUUUGAUGAGCAUUCCUCAACUUUCUCAGUCUUUUAAGUUAAUGAUUAUUUGCUAAAAACAAGGUUUAACAGUUUGAACAUUAAAUAUAUUGUCUUUGUAGCAUAUUCAAUUAAAUAUAGGUUGAACAUGAUUUGCAAAUCAUUGUAUUCUUUUUUUAUGUUGAACACAACGUCCUAACUUCAUUGGAAUUGGGGUUGUAUGAAAAUUGACUUUCUUGAACCAAAUAUUUUAGCAGUUAUCUUUGACUGAAUUACAAUGUAACAAUUAUCUAAUUAAGUUGUUGUUGAGUGUAAGAUGUUCGUAAUAAAAAAUAAUAAUAAUAAUGUUACUGUGGAAUGGACAAACAAAUAAACUUUUGUACUUUU